AUGAUCGGAUUUCACGGCGGUGGUCACGGUGUUCUUCCCGGUGGAGGCGGCGUUGGGCGAUCGACCGUAUGUCCGCGUCCGCUCGCGGUACUUCCUGGCCAUGACGACGUGCCAGUGGUUCUUGACUGCAUUGUCGGUUCUUCCCGGGAAGAGCCGCGCGAUCGUCGCCCACUUGUUGCCGUGGAAUCUGUGCGCCCCCAGCAGCCGCUCCUCCUCCUCCUCCGGGAACGGCUGCCGGCGUGGGAGAGCGUCGCUUGGAACACGCUCAUCGCUGGGUUGGGUCUGCGAUCGCGGAUCUCCGAGGCAAAGUCACUGUUUGAUCGAAUGCCCGCAACGAAGAACAUCAUCUCGUGGAUGUCGAUGAUCCAGGGAUUCGUUGAGACAGGCAGCGUGGAUGAUGCUAAAGAGCUCUUCGAUGUCAUGCCUGGAUGGGAUCCAGCGUCUUGGAACUUGGUUCUCCAGGCGUAUGCCCAGAAUGGGCAUACUGAGAGCGUCAAGAGCGUGUUCCAGGAGAUGCCCGAGAAAUCUCUCCUCGCCCACGUUUUCCCCAUCGCGGCAUUCGCGCAGGGAGGCCAGAUCGCGGAGGCCAAGAGCGCGUUCGAUCGGAUGGUCCGGCUGGACAUCACGGCCUGGAACACGAUCAUCGCUGCCUACUGCGGCGAUCACGAUCUAGGCUUGAACAACGCGCGCAGAGGAUUCGAUCGGGCUCCCAAGCGCGACAUCGUGUCGUGGAACACGACCAUCAGUGGCUACGUCCAGCGCGAGAAUCUGGAGGAGGCCAAGCUCCUGUUUGAUGCCAUGCCCGAGAAGAACAGAGUCUCUUGCAAUGCGAUGCUCGCUGGCUACUCCAAUCGAUGCCUCGCGGACGAGGCCGCGGAUCUCUUCCACUCCAUGACCCAGUCUGCGACCACGCAGCCGGAUCGCCUGUCCCUCACGGCCGGAUCGGCCGGCUGGGCGACGCGAUCGAUCUGGCGAUGA